AUGACUAUUGCUGCAUAUGCGUACGAAACAAAUGAAGCAAGAAGAGCACAUGAACUAGUAAACGAAAACUCAACUUUAACCAUUGAAGGCAAUGAUUUAGUCAUUGACGAUGGAAAAACUAAAAAAGUCAUUGAUUUCGAUACUUUUAACACUUAUGACCCAUUCAUUACAAUAAGUAAAGUUCCUAUCAUAAAUGAUGGAACGGUGCAAUAUAUAAAUUCUACAGUAGAUGCCUCAUUAGUGAAAGUAUUAAAUGUUCUCAUUGAAUUGUUAAAGAGCUUUCGAUUUGACGACAACAUUAAAUGCUUAAAGAAUUUAGUCAUGAAUGAGAAACAAAUUCUUGGCGUUGCUGGUAGCAGUAAUGAUGUACACCUUAUGACAUUAGAAUAUUAUAACGAACAUAAAGAUGAACUGAAAGGAGAGAAGGGUGACACCGGACCUCAAGGACCUCAAGGACCACAAGGAAUACAAGGAAUACAAGGAAUACAAGGAAUACAAGGACCUCAAGGCGAGAACGGUUUGGAUGGUGUAGAUGGAAAGGAUGGAAAAACUGCUAAAUCAUGGAUAUGGAACCUUAUAAAUACUGGUUUAAAGCUGCUUCAUAUGGAGUUCUUCAAUACCAAAUCGGAAAGAUAUGGGCGGUACUUGGUGAAGAAGUUUUAA